AUGGUUGACAAAGUGACCGAAAUAGUCAAUUUUGGAAUGGCGAUCGACGUGGUGCGGACGCUGCGGCAGAAAAUCAUCGCCGUGCGCCGGAAGCUGGGCAUCGGCGUGUGCUUGCGCACCGUCGUGUUGAUAUUUUGUCUCACGUUCUUCUGGGUACAGAUGCAUAUGUCUGACGUGGCCGACAACGAGUCGAUACAGAUACUCGCCAAGCCAGACGGACUGCUAGAUGCUAAUGAUUCCAUGUUGCAACUGGUUCCACAGCAUUUGCACAAGUACUUGGUCGCGUUGCCUCAGCGUGACCGUCCGCACCAGGCCAUACUGCCCGGAAAUGCCAGCGAACACAUAGCGACGGCGGUCAGUCUGAAUGCAUCCGAAAUACGACGUCUGAUUGAUCAGCAAAACUCCAAACAGGUCGUUCUCAACGAAGACGUAUACGGCCCGUUACAAAACGAUUCUCUAGUCAUUGUCAUUCAAGUCCACACGCGUAUUAUGUACCUUCGGCACACCAUAGUGAGUUUGGCAAGAGCGCGAGGCAUCGAGAAUGCGUUGUUAAUAUUCAGUCACGAUCAUUAUGACGAACAAAUAAACGAACUGAUACAGAUGAUCGACUUUUGCAAAACCAUGCAGAUAUUCUAUCCGUAUUCUAUACAAACGCAUCCGGGUUCGUUUCCCGGUGAAUCUCCGGAAGACUGCCCCAGAGACAUUGCCAAAUCAGAUGCGAUUAAACGGAAGUGUAUCAACGCCAUGCAUCCGGAUCAAUACGGUCAUUAUCGAGAGGCAAAAUUCACCCAAACCAAACAUCAUUGGUGGUGGAAAGCAAAUAGAGUGUUCAACGAGUUGGACGUCGUCAGUAAUUACUCGGGCCCGAUUUUAUUUUUGGAAGACGACCAUUAUGUAGCAGAGGAUUUCAUAUACAUGUUAAAGUUGAUGGAAAAAUCGUGUAGCGUAGCUUGUCCGCAGUGUAGUAUAUUGUCGUUGGGAACAUACUUGAAAACUUAUAAUUUUUACGGAGAAGCAAAGGCCGAAAUUUCUCAAUGGAUUAGCAGCAAGCAUAAUAUGGGUAUGGCGUACAAUCGGACUGUUUGGAAACAGUUUGUAGAUUGUGCCGACACAUUCUGCAAGUAUGAUGAUUACAACUGGGAUUGGAGUCUCCAGAGUGUAUCCAAUAAUUGUCUUAGCCAUGAAUUUAAAGUGUUUGUACUCAAAGCUCCUAGAGUGUUUCACAUUGGUGAAUGUGGUGUUCAUCAUAAAAAAAGUUGUUUUGAUAUGGCGCUCAUAGCUAAAGUUCAAAAACUGCUUAGUUCGGUGUACAAAUAUUUAUUUCCAGAGAAGUUAGAAGUGACCUAUGCUCCAAUCAAAAAAAAAGUACUGCGCAAAGGAAAUGGCGGAUGGGGUGAUGUACGCGAUCAUGAACUAUGUUUGCGAAUGGUAAACCGCCAAUGGUGA